AUGCCUAUGCUUCCACCCACAAACGCUUCCAAAAGAUCCCAAACGGGACAGGAAGAAUCAGAUGACAACGCCAAGAGAUCCAAAAUCGUUGGAAUGGCACAGAAAGUUACUCGCCAGAUUAUCAGCACCCCAAAUGCACCAUCUGCUAUUGGACCAUACAGUCAGGCAGUUCGGGCUGGAAACACGAUCUAUUUGAGCGGUUCACUUGGUAUGGAUCCAAAGUCGGGAGAAUUGAAGGAAGGGAUCGUCGAGCAAACCCAUCAAUCACUCAAGAACAUUGGAGAAGUCCUCAAAGCUGCUGGCGCUGAUUAUUCUCACGUUGUAAAGACCACAGUUCUUUUGCAAAACAUUUCUGACUUCGCCACCGUCAAUGAGGUUUACGGACAAUAUUUCAAGUCUCCAUAUCCAGCAAGAGCCGCCUACCAAGUCGCUGCCCUUCCAAAAGGUGGGCUUGUCGAAAUUGAGGCGGUCGCAAUCGCCGGCGAAAUCGAAGAAGUCACUAACUAG